AUGAGGGUGAGAGUCCGCGGCCCCGCCGGACAGUCUACUAUCACCCUGGAUGAAGGAGCUACGGUAGGCGAACUUCGAACUCUCAUCAGUGAGCAGACAGGACUCGCUGCGUUCGAUGUGAAAUACGGAUAUCCGACUCUCCAGCCGCUUCCACUGGACCAAUAUCAACCGACCCAGAAGAUCGCCGAGUUAGGUGUCAAUCUGAAUGGCGAACAGCUCAUUGUCAGCAAAAGAGAAAGAACAAACGAGCCAGCAGGCGAUAAUCAUGCCGGAGCGCAGUCGAUCAGGCAACCGUCGGGCGAACAGUUAGGCCGCCCGGCUCAUCAGAGCUUCCCAGCGCCCUCAAAGCCGUUGUCCCUCAGUCGAAAGACCUCUGCAGCAGACGUCGAGAGCGAUCCUCCCGAAGUACCGUCUCCUGAGCAUUCCGGAACCGUCGUCCUCCGUAUCAUGCCGGACGACAAUUCAUGCCUCUUCCGUGCGGUUGGCAGUGCGGUCAUUGGCGGAAUGGAUACCAUGACCGAGCUCCGCUCAGUAGUGGCUCAGACCAUUCAAGAGCAGCAGGACGUUUACUCUGAAGUGGUUCUAGAAAAGAAGCCAGAUGAUUACUGCCGAUGGAUCCAAAGCGAGGACGCCUGGGGAGGUGCGAUUGAGCUCAGCAUACUCAGCAAACACUUUGACAUCGAGAUCUGCUCGAUCGAUGUGCAGACUCUUCGGGUAGACCGCUUUAACGAGGGGCGACCGACCCGGUGUAUUGUGGUCUACUCCGGAAUCCAUUACGAUACGAUUGCACUCUCUCCGUCGGACCCGCCGUUCACUCAUGCCUAUGCACCACCCGAGUUCGACACCAAGAUUUUCGAUGCCGCGGAUCCAGUGAUUCUGGAAAAGGCCCUCGAGCUGUGCAGGAUCCUCCAGGCGAGGCAUUACUACACUGACACAGCCAGUUUUCGGAUUAGAUGCAACACUUGCGGUGGCAUGUUCGUCGGGGAAAAAGGAGCCACGCAGCAUGCGGCUCAAACGGGCCACUAUGACUUUGGCGAGGCUGGCUGA